CUCACGCUCCAAUGACCGCCACCACGAUCCACCCGCUAUGUCACCCUGCAUCGCUAGUCGCUACUUAAUUAGGGAGCAUGGGGCCUUAAGGCAGCAAUGCGGUGGGUGGCCAGCUGAGCGCAGCAGCAUCAUAUAAAUCCAUCCCACCUUGACUUCUGUGCUUCAGUCUCAUCCACUCUUACUUCCUAUCCUCUAUACUCCCUCCCACUACCAAACCAACCUUCAAAAUGGGUUCCUUCCACCACACCGCCCGCAACUGGCGCAUCAAGGUCGACAACGGCAUCACCAUGUUCCGAGUGGAGGUCAAAGAUAUGCACGGCAACUGGAUUGAACGGACCAUCCGUUUGGACGACCACAUUGGCAACACCGAUGGCUGGUUCAUCUGGGGCGGAAAGAACUUCACCAGCACCGCCCGCGAUAUCCGCCUGGAGGAUACCGAGUGGGGCCCCAAGCUGGUCGCCGUGAUGCAAUCGAACAACGGUGGCGACCGUGGUUUACAGGGAAUGUUGCUGGGCGAUAAGAUCGAGAACCGCAACGGCGAGCUUCAUUUCACCGGUCCUUGAAUGAUGCGGCGGGGCUGACAUCGAUUCUACUGUGGAGGAGACGUUUCAAUUCUUUGUGAAUGUUAUAUCUUGAAAUACAUAUGAUAACCUUUUUUUUUUCUGGUAU